AUGGAUCCAGCCAACUUGCCCUCAAAUCCUGAAGAGAACGCGUCUGCUACUAUUCUUGGUUCUACCGUUUCUAUUGUUACUUUGGCCACGAUCAUUGUACUUGCUCGUUUGUAUGUGCGAGUGUUUAUCAUUCGUGGUACUGGAUGGGAUGAUGCAUUUAUGAUAUUAACUAUGGCCCUAAAUUGGGCCGGAGAGGGUGUAAUCAUCGCCUCGGUGGUUUAUGGCGCUGGGCAACACAUCGGCGAUGUUGAUCCAGCUGUGUUUCAAAAAGGAAUGAAGCUCAACUUUAUCAGUCAACCCAUUUUUCUUAUUGCUAUCUGCGUCGUCAAGCUAUCCGUCGGAUUUGCUCUAUUACGAAUUGCCUCUACCAAAUUCUACCGAUGGCUUAUUUGUGGUAUCAUGAUCUUCAUGUCAAUCUAUACCAUUGGAUGCUUCUUUACCGUAGUGCUCCAGUGCAAGGAUCUUCGUGCCCUCUGGGAUCCUUUAGUUCCCAUGCAAUGCUGGCACCAGCGCACUCUACAAAGCCUAUCAUAUACAAACGCGGCUCUGAAUAUCUUGACUGAUCUUUUCUUUGCCAUCAUUAUUCCUACACCCAUGCUAUGGAAUCUAAAUGUCCACUUCCGCACUCGAGUGACACUCCUUGCCAUUCUUGGCCUCGGUGUCUUUGCCUGCGCUGCCGCUAUUGUAAAAGUCGGUUAUGUUACCAACUACGGCAAAGUUGGUGACUGGCUUUGGGACUCCCGCAACAUUAGCAUCUGGACCGUUGUCGAGCUCAACGUUGGUAUUAUUGGUGGCAGUCUGCCCUGUCUCAAGCCACUGUUCCGCCGCUUCCUCGGCACAUACUAUGGGAAGAAUUCCAAGAAGACUCCAACUACUGGCAACACUGGCUAUGGUCGUGGGACACUGCGAAGCGCGACAGGGCUUAGCGCAAAGAACUGGCAUACCUUGUCGAGUGGUAACAGAAGGGAGGAUGAGACGAGCAGUCAAGAAGGUAUCAACGUUGAUUAUGAGCUUCGAGACAGGAUAACAAGCCCUCAUGGGUUUACCAAUCAGGCGACAGUCCUCGGUAAUAUUGACUUACAAUCGAGUGACGAUGAGUGCGCAGGCAUUACGAAAACCACCAUGACCACUGUCAAAAUUUCCAGGGCAGGCCAUUGA